AUGGUUCCAUUGGUCUUAUCACCAGGUGUGAAGAGUAGCUGCUCUACGCCUCAUAAGAUGCCCGAGAAAGACCUCCUCAUCGCGUCAUUCAUCGCAAAGCAUCAGUUGGACCAGGACGCUGCUACUGCGGUUCUGCUGGAUCUCACCUCGUACGACUUGGGCGUUAUCAUUACAGCAUUCGAACCGGCCUUGACUAACGGCGUGGACAAGGAGGCGCUUUUGCGAAGGUUCGUACAGGUGUACUUUGACCAGAAGACCCAAGCUUUUGUCAAUCUCUGGGAUUUGCCCGAGAUCCCCACCAAAGAGCUCCUCAGUCGGCUCAACUAUAAGGAUCGAGGUCUGGUCAUGGAACGCUUUUCGAUCGACAAUGCUGACUUAGUGGACCAGACGGAAAAGCACCGAGUUUUGAGAGCUCUCAUCAAGAGACGCAUGGAGCAUCGAAUUAACGCAUUC